AUGGCCGACCUUGGUCCCUCGAAUCCUCGCCUCAAGGACCUGCACCUCGGGGUGAUGGCGUCCAAGCGUAUCGAUAUCUUCAAACGCCUCAUUCCCACUACUACAGAAUUUCCUACCCAUAAAGACUUCAAGCCGACAAUCGACAUGGCUCCACGCCCUUGCCCUGGGCUAGGUCGACUUGACCGCCUUCCCAUGGAUUUGCAUGUUCAAAUCUUCAAGCGUCUUAGUGUGCACACCAUCUGUGCCAUGCGCCAGGUCAACUCCUAUGCGAAGUCCGUCGUGGAGAUAAUCCCAGCCUUCAACAGCACACGAAAGUACGCUCCUCACGCUUUCCAGGCCAUCCUCCUGACAGGUGCCUGUACCCUAUUUACCAUACAGGAUCUUUUCAACGUGCUUGUUACCCCAGGUUGUCACCUCUGCGGAGCAUUCUCUGCCCAAUUAUACCUUCCGUCACUCUCUCGAUGUUGCACCAACUGCCUCGAGCUCUCUCCGUCGCUAGAAACAAUGAAGAUUUUCAUCGCCCAAGAUCUCUUUGGUCUCACAGGUAAACAGAUCAAAGAGAUGACUGGUGUCGUUAACGGGAUUGCCGGGUGGUAUCAUGACUACACUAUGUAUAGCUCGGUCAAGAGUACACCGACCCUUGUUUCGAGAGCCAUGGUGGAGGCUGCCGCAAUCCGCUUUCACGGGGGUCGGCUCGAGAUGGAGCGCUUCGUUGAAAACCGCAUAAAGAACGUAAAAAGCCGCCGAUUCCACACCAAACCCCAAGAAGAGUGGCAUACAAGAAAGAGGGCUACUGUCCAAUUCCCGUUGCUAGACAUUAAGAGCGGGGAAACCGCUGACGGAAUCUACUGUCGCGGCUGUCAGUUGAAGCACAAGCUCCCAGGUUAUAGGAAUUAUGCGGCUUGCGUUUUCAACGAGCCGGAUAAGGCCUGGCGGAUAAGGGAUGUCGCCUACGACGAUGCGGGGUUCAAUGCCCACAUCAGAUUGUGUCAGGACGCCAGGGACUUGUGGAAACAAAGUGAAGGUAGUAGGGAAUGGUGGUUGAACCUUAAGGACGAGGGGAUCAAGUGGUGGGAAGAGAGAGGAUCAGAGAGGAAAGACAGGAAAGCUAGCCGUGUCGGUAAGCAUAGAAUGGAUUACCCUCAGGAAACCCCUGAAGCCUUCCGCCAUCGAACUGUCGCCUACCUGAGGCAUCAUUCGUGCAUGGUAUCUCCAGCUUCAUUCCGUUAA